CCCAUCGAUUGUUGUUUCAAUUCCAUUCCAUGAUGAAGCAAAAUCGUUGUGGACAUAUCUUGAAAACCGAUUUAGUGAGGCGAAUGGACCAAGACUACAGCAGCUCAAGGCCUCCAUUGCCGACUGCAAGCAGAUUAAGUCUAUGUCGGUUGAUGAAUACUUCACAAAAUUGAUGGGACUUUAUGACGAGCUUUACCGGCUGAAGCCUCUCCAUGCUUGUACAUGUGGUUUAUGUACUUGCAAUGUGGUGGCGAAAUUUGCCAAAGACAGGGAGGAAGAACAGCUAUACCAAUUUUUAAUUAGUAUAGAUGAUGAAAUUUAUGGGACAGUGCGCUCGAAUUUGCUGUCCCAAACCCCGUUACCUGAUAUUAGUCGAGCUCACCAAAGCUUCCUGCAAGAAGAGAGAUCAAGGGCUAUUGCACGAGGGAAGAGUGUUGCUGCCAACAGUCAUGAUCAUCAUGCCGCCCUUCAGGCUGAUCCGCCUAAGGGGAGACCAGACAAGCAUGAACGAACCAAGCUUCAGUGCAGUCAUUGUAAGCAGCGCGGACAUGAAGUCGGGAACUGUUUUAAACUUCACGGAUAUCCGGAAUGGUGGGAAGAUAGAAAUCGCACCAAAGGCACGACGGGAGCAACUACUUCGCACGGUGGUGGGGCUAGCGCCCAUGCUGUUGCCCCGAUUCUUGCACCGGCUAAAUCAAGCAGUGGUAUUGCGGAUGCAGAUGACAACAGGCUGCUCACUACUCAUCAUGUCUCUACUCAUGAUUAGCUUGCAGAUAUCUUCACAAAGGCUCUUGGGAAACAUCAAUUUCUUUAUCUUCUUCGCAAGUUGGGCAUUUGUGAUCCGCAUGCUCCAACUUGAGGGGGGUGUUGAACCGUACUGGGCUUGUAAUUGUAUUAAUUAAUCAUUAGUUUUGUAUUUAGCCUUAAUCUACUUUGUAUGGGCCGUGUACAUAGGGCUUACAUAGAGUGUAUAUAUACUUUGCUCUGUAUCAAUGACGAAGGCAGUGGAAUUAUUUUCCAUAUCAUUCUUAUUAACUCAGAUUUAAUAGUUGUGCUAUGAUGAUCUAUUCUAAUUUACUUGAUGAUAGAAAGACUCUCCAAGCUCUCUAUUUAUAGCAUCAAAACUAGGUACUAUGAAGGUGGGAGGAAGGUUGAAUUAAACAUGAGGAAACUUCAAUGGUGGUUGAGGAAGCUUCCUUUGUCAUUCUUGCACAUGGAGGAAGCUUCAUGGUUGUUGCUUGCACAUGGAGGAAGCUCCAUGGUUGUUACAAUUGGAUUCUUCAAUUUGCUUGUACUUUGGAUAUGACCUGAAAAUUGAAUUCUUCAACCACCUCUAGCUCCGUCAUUGGUUGCAGCCUUGCAGUCGAGGAUGAUGGAAACUUUCGAUCAUCAAAAAAUGUACUUUUUAUGAUGAAUCGGAGGUGAAUAACGCUGGUGGUGGGUGAGUAAAGUAAAUGCACCGCCAGUCCAUGAUGCGCGGCAGGCUGGGUUUGCCCAAUCGUAUUAAUUUCUAGUGCAAUGGAAAGACGACGUUUGUCCUCAAUGGCUCAAUGACUUCAGUUCACAUUGGUGGAAAUGUGGAAUGACAGCGGAUAAUCUCGAAUUAAGAUUGGCCAAGCCCAGCAUCUAUAGUAUAUUUUCUUUUGGACCGAAAUUUGCUGGUCUGGUCUGAUCUGGUCUGGUUUGAAUUGGUCUGAUAUGCUUUGGUAAACGUCUGGUCUCUAUAUAUUUUAUAACUACAUAAAUCAAGUCUGGUUUGGUCUGAUCUAGUCUGACCUGGUCUGGGACUGAAAACAAUGGAAAAGAAAACAUCCAUAAUACUGUUUUUUAUUGUAUUAAUCAUAUUUAUAUAUGAUUGGGUCCUAGUGUCCUACCUUAUCGGGUCCUACCUUAUCAUGAGUGUGAUUAAAGAUUUUACUUGAAGUGUAAUAUAUCCCAAACUAGAUUCAGACCACAACAUUAUAAAAAUACAAAAACCUAAAAAUAAAAAAAGGCACGUAGCUUAGGAUCCCAUCUUGGUGAAUUGUUGAAAAACCCACGAGCCUGGGUUGACGAUGGAUCUCGUAUAGUAUAGCGAUACCCACUGAGCUAAUAAGCUAAGCUUUUCCCAUAUGUUUGGUUGCAUGAUUUCUUCAUUGCAUUGGAUGUGUGGAAGCAGCACAUGUGCGGUCUUGCUGAAUGCAGCUGCAGUUAUGGCCCCCUUUCAUCUUCUACAUUAAUUCAUGCCCAUAACCAGUAAAACUCCGUACAAUAGACAUAUUUUAUUGUAUCUCAUUUAUUUAAUGUUCUUAUAAUAUUACAAAAUAGUGGUAUAUAUGAUGUUACGUUACAAGUUAGAGAACAUGAAAAUGUACAAUAUUCGAGAUGUCGAAAGCACAAUUUUGUACUGUAGCUUAUGAAAAGUUGAUGCAAAUUCGAACAAUUAUGAAAAUUAUCAAUAGAAAUGGAAUAAUACUCAAUAUAUAUAUAUAUAUAUAUAUAUACACACA